GACAGUCAGCCUGCUGCAGUGUGACAGACAGUCAGUCUACAAAGCUCCUUCACUCUCUAUAGUAUCUAGUCUCACAGUAGAGAUCAGUAAAGGAGGAGAGUUUAAUGUGCCACUCGACAUGCCACCUAACAUGGAUUACUUCUACCACGAGUCCCGAGUGCCCUCUGCUUGCGGGCUGACCCGGGAGGACGAGCUGGAGCCCGGGCUGAUCAGCUGCAUGCUGGUCGGAGACGGAGCCGUCGGGAAGACCAGCAUGAUAGUCAGCUACACCUCCAAUGGAUACCCGACAGAGUACCAGCAGACCGGCUUUGAUGUCUUCUCUGGUCACGUCCAAGUAGAAGGAUCUCCAGUUAAAGUUCAGCUUGUGGACACUGCUGGACAGGAAGAGUUUGAUGAAUUCAGGGCUCUGUCCUACGCCCACACCGACGUCUUCCUCCUGUGCUUCAGCAUGGUCAACCCCACCUCGUUCCACAACAUCACCAAGAAGUGGGUCCCAGAGAUCCGGGCGUACAACCCGUCCUCGCCCAUCGUUCUCGUCGGCACCCAGUCGGACCUCUUGCUGGACGUGAACGUCCUCAUCAACCUGGACGAAUCUCACGUCAAGCCCAUCCCGAGCUCCCGGGCCCGGAGCAUGGCGGAGAAGAUCCGAGCCACAGACUACAUGGAGUGCUCGUCGCUCACGCAAAAGAACUUGAAAGAGGCGUUUGACGCGGCCAUCUUUGCCGCCAUUAAGAACAAAACCCGCAAAACCAAGAAGAGGAGGUUUUCCGACAGGCGCACUAAAGCGUUCUCCAGGUGCAGCUGGAAGAAGUUCUUCUGCUUCGUCUGAACUCGUAAACAGACUGCUAUAAUAACCCUGUGGGUUGUGGACAAAACUUUAAUUUAUUUAACUUUUUGCUUGUUGUCGCAGCUCUGAUCUGUGGCAGUUUAGCAUCCUUCCCUGUUAAGUAUUUGGCUUAUUUUUACUCUGGGAUGCCAAAUGGUGCAAGGGGAAACAACACAUAAGCACAGCGAGCAUUGGGAAUUAACAUCUGUGGAGACAGCAGAGAGGAUUCAGGGUCACACUCCAGCAGACAGACUCAGGACAGCAGUGUUGUUUAUUCAAAUGUAGAUUGCUCCAGGGCAAAAUAAAAAAGCACAUGUUGCAUAUUAAAAUCAAAGUGUGUGUAUGCAUCACUGGUGAGAGAAGAAGGGAAGUGAGUUUAGACCUUAAAGAAACAUAUCAACAUACAGCCACAAGAGAGAAAGCGCAGGCCAUCAUGUAAAUGUGGUGUAUUUGCAUGGUGUGCUUUGCGGCCAGCUGCAGCCUUUUUAGCGUAAGCAAGAGAGAGAAACAGAAAGUGUCCGGGGUUUGUGUUUGAGGAGAUGGGCGUUAGCCACUUCUCUGUUGUGUUCUGGCUACACCAGCCUAUUUAUAUGCGGCACAGCUGCAAGUUCAGGUUACAGUGCGAGGUGCCACAUUUUUUUACCUGUGCGUGUGAACGGGUAUUUUCUCACCUUCAAGUUAAUGAACUGACAAUCUUAUCAUUUAAAAUGGAACUUUAUCAAGUGAUUUUAACAUCUGCGAAGACACACAGCAGGAUGAUUUGUCGAAACAAAUGUAUUUCCUCUGUUAAUUCUCUGAUUGGCACAGGAACUCUGUUUGAAAAUCCUCUUAUCCGAGGUGAAAAGUUGCAUGGGAGCGGUAACCUUUGGCUUUUUGUCCCUGCCUCCCAUCAAUCUGCAUGUGUAAAAGCAGAGCACGGCAGGAGUUUUGACUUCCACCCUGCGGAUCCUCCCACCACCACCGUCAGCCUGUUAUUUUUUAAUUCACCUCUCUUUAUUUACAAGCUCAAUACACUCCUUAUCUCCUCAAUAGCCCAGUGUGUACAGAGUUAGAGGACCCUUAACAGCCUCUGCUUGAAUUUAAGUGUAAGAUAAUACACUUUAUUUCAAAAAAGCCUUGUGUCUGUGAUGUAUGUGCUAAAGAAAGUCAGAUUUUGCACUCCAGUGUAAAGAUAUCUGGUAUAAUAUAAGUUUACUAUACUUCUUGUGGAAGUCAUCUUAAUGUAUAUUCUAUUCUGUUUGUUAAAACAGCUCAUUUGUCAUGUUUAUGUGUAUGAAAUAUUCAAUAAGACAUGGAUUUUAAAUGCAUUUAAUGUACUCCACAUGUGCUUUGUUACAUUCUGCGUCUCUAAAUCUCGAUUCACCGUCUCCUUCUCUAACCUGUGUGUCUUUUCUUACACGUGGGAGUGAUGUGAUGCAAAUAAAUGAAGUGCAAAUUAUA